UUGUCUUCGAAUGCCACCUCACGUGGUCAGGCUGGUGCGUCCGGGACUACAUCGGCUGCAGCAGCUAUUUCCGCAGCCAAAGCUGCUCAGAUCCUCGAACAGCUGUCCGAGAGUCCAGGCUUUCUGAUCUCCGCGCGUUCUUCCCUGGUCAAUCUGGAGAGUUUGUUAUCUGUGAUUGAGGCAGCGUUGUCUGCCCACGGACGAACUGGGGCUAGUCGUUCCACGGCGAUAACAGCAGGCUGUCUUUCCAGUUUACUUGAUAGCCUGUCAACCGCCUGCCACGAUGCCACAAUACGUCGUGACAUUCUACAGAAGCGUCAGCCAUUGUUAGCAGCACUGGCCGAUUGCUUAGUUCGACACGCGCCCCUGUUACCCGAUCCACAACACACACGUCUGGUUACCGCGGCCUGUCAAUUAUUGCACAAUAUUUGUGUGGGUCAACUCAAUGAUCUGACCACCGCUCGGGCUGAUCCGAAUUCUCUCGCUUCGUGUAUUGCCUCCUCCGGUCGAUUGCCUGAUUUGCUCUUGGCCGGUGUGGGCGCGGUUCUCGAUCAGCCCAGUCAUGGACCGGAACUCCGUGCCGUGGUUGUAGCCCUUGCCGGUCGACUACUACCACUUUGCUCGUCACAACGUUCGUCUAAUCUAUCCGCUCUGCUCUACUUAUUUUCGCCGCGACAAAACACAAACAGUUCUGUGCCCAGUGGCCUCGGCUCAAAGAACAAACCCGUCACAGAUUUCGCACGAAAAGACGCGGGAGACGCAGUCCCAAAAGCGGAUAUUGAGUCGGAUCAUUUGACCAGCCAUUUGCUCGGUGGUUGUAUUCGAUGCCUGGCGGCGGGAGUUACCCACUCUGUGAGUUUACGCUACGCGAUUGGUGACGAUCGACGCCGAGUUCGACGUUUGGCACGGAUGCUACGUGCCAAAAUUCCCAGUACCCCCGCUGUAUCGUCCACAUCCACAAGCAAUGUGUUCAGUGCUCCCACCGAGCCACGGGAUGAAGUUCUGGCUGGAAACGCAUGUCUGAUUUUACAACACUGUACAGAUGACACACCCCUGGCCGAACACUUACAGGGCACCUCCGUCAUUCUGGAUUUGCUCAAACUGAUACAAGAAAGUCAGCGUUCGGAUACGAAACGGAACGCAGCUAUUGUGAUCGGGAAAUUGGCCCAGAGCAGCCAUGUGCAUCGAGAUGAGCUUUCACGCCUGGACGGCUGGAGUGUAUUGAAAUCGUUCAGUUCAUGGAGUUCACCGUUUGCCGGAUGGUAG